AUGGAACUACCACAGUCAAAUGAGGAGGAUGAUUUCCUUUACUGGAAAUAUCACCCGUCGGUUAGAUAUACAGUCAAAACUGGAUACCACUACCUAUCAAAGGAUUGGGGUUUAGAGAGAUCCACUUUUCUAGCAAGGGAUCAAGAGUUUGUAAAAUUAAUUUGGAGAUUGGUCAUUCAGCCGAAAUGGAAAGUUUUCCUUUGGCGUCUUUUUCAUGAUGGAAUUGCAGUCAAAUUUAACCUGGCUAGAAGGGGAAUACGAGUAGAUGAAGUAUGUGAUCAUUGUGGGGUAGACUUGGAAGAUAGCCAACACCUCUUCAGGUUUUGUAUUCUGGCAAAAGAAGUUUGGGAGGAUAGCUCCCUAACUAUUUUCCAUGACUCUCCUGGGUUCAACUCUUUGAAAGAUUGGAUCCAGCACUAUAUCCUGCUGUUCAAUAGCGAGGAUGGUAAGCACAGUAACCGCUGUGCCUUGUUUAUUUCUUCUUUAUGGGGGCUAUGGAAGUCUAGGAAUGCCAGAUGUUUCAAGGAUGAUACGGGGUCGAUAAGUUUAGUAAGAGAAUUUAUUCAUCUUGCCAUGGAUGACCAUGAAACGUUCAAGCAUCAAGUGAGGCCAUCAAUUGUGUUAGAGGUCAAUGACUUGGAUCACCCGACCAUUCCCCCGGGCUAUAAUUAUGGGCAUCUGGGUAAAGAAAAGAGUGGUUUUGAUGACUUCAUUGUGGAAGCGGAUGGCUCCUGGGAUAAGAAAACAACGAGAGCAGGGAUAGGUUGGGCAAUUAAGGAUAAUCAUCACGGGUUUGGCCUCGAUCAAGGUGGUAAACAUGGAGCAGCUGCGUUAGUUAUUCAAAGUGAAGCCUGGGCAUGCCUAGAGGCCUUGAAAUGGGCUCGAGCAAAAGGGAGACAGGGAAUUCUUCUCUUAUCCGACUCUUUGGGCCUUUUGAGCAACUUACGGAUGGACCCGGGCAAGGAAAUUUCUAUUGCUUGGUUACUAAAGGAAAUUAAAGAAGUGGGGGCAUCAUUUCAAAGAUGCACGAUUUUAAAAGUACAGCGUGACCAGGUACAGAAAGCUGAUGACAUUGCUAAGAAAUGCCUGGUUAACUCUUCUAAUUUGUUAUAA